AUGGAGCACGUGAUCACCGACAAGGAAGUAACCACCAUGGGGGGUCGACUACGCCAAGCUUUCGCUUGGUGGGGCUCAUGGUGCGAGAGUAGUCUCAUCCUGUCCGUCAUAUCCAAUGGAUACUGGCUCCCCUGGAAAGCAUUGCCACCACCAUCGUUUCGCGACAAGAACCAUGCCGGUGUACAGCGGCACAACGAGUUCACACGCUCGGCAAUCUCCGACUUGCUCUCGUCCGGUGCAGCAGCAGUCGCAGCUGGCCCGAAUGCUGUGGCAUGCACUAGUCCACUCAACGUCGUGGAGCAACGCGACAAGUGUCGCCUCAUCUUAGACUUGAGGAAAGUCAACCAAUACCUCGUUAUUCCAAAGUUCAAAUAUGAAGGCCUGGUGCGAGUCGCCGAGUUGGCACAACCGGGCGAUUGGAUGUUCUCCAUUGACCUGAAGUCCGGAUACCAUCACGUCGAUAUCCACCCGUCCUGCUGGAAGUUCCUGGGAUUUCACUUCGACGGCACAGAUUACUACUUCAAGUCGUUACCGUUCGGCCUUGCAACUGCGCCCUUCCUUUUCACUCAGUUGAUCAAACAACUGGCUCGAAAAUGGUGUGCGCAAGGCACCCGUGUCAUUCCGUAUGUGGAUGAUAUCUUAUUCCUCUGCCACUCGGAGGAGGAUGCACGCGCGACAUGUAAUGCAAGCAUUCUGGACCUACGAGGGUCGGGCCUUGUUAUCAACGCGAAAAAAUCGCACCUCACCCCGACCCAGAAACUGCAGUUUCUCGGGAUGGAGUUGGACACUCAAUCGGGAAGAUUCGCCAUCGGUUCCGAACGCCGAGCGCAACUCAUGCACACGCUCCGGGUGCUUCUCACCGCCUAUGAGCGUGGACAGCGGAUACCAAUCCGCAUUAUCGCACGGGUCACCGGCAUCCUCGCCUCCAUGGCACUGGCUCUUGGUAGAACGGCACGGGCAUUCAGUCACCAACUCCUAAAACUCAUCAAUACGGCGCCGUCAUGGAAUGCCAGAACACACCUGACACCGGAGGUCGGCGACGAGCUCAACUUCUGGCUUGACAAUUUUGAUCGUUUAACGGGGCACCAUUUCACAUGCCCCACAGCAUCGACACAGUGA